CCCAAUUCUGCUUUGAUUUGUAGUAGCGUCCUUCUACUGUCAGAUAAAGCACAUCUAUGCAAAAACGGUUCUUGAGAACAGCAAUUGCUGUUGAUCAGAAUUAGCUACUGGUUCGUAAUAUCUGUCGUAUCUACUUCAUCAUUCGAUCAUUCGUGUUAGAAACUAAAGAAUUGCUUACGAGAUAUGUACGCAAACGUGCUAUAAUAAAUGCUGGAGUUAAUAAGUAGGUUAUGAUGAUCUAUGACAACAAUUGAUUGACCUUUACGACGUUGUGUUGUAUUUUUGCAUAGAUACUUCGCACGCUUGCAGGUGCACUAUAAAUAGUAUAAUUGAGCUAAGCUUGGGAAAACCAUGAGAAAGAGGCAUGGGUGAGCACAACAGUGAUCUUUAUGAACAACAGCUUUAUGCUGUAUUUGAAAGUUGCUUGACAAAAGGAAAGGACGAACUCGAAGAAAACAACCUGUCUUCUAUAUGCAGCAAAUUACAUCUCGAUGGAUUAACCGAAGAAUUAAAAUCCUGCAUCUGCAAACAUGCAGACAAGCAAACUAUAUCCUUCCAGGAAUUUCGGGAUGGUUUACUGCUCCUGUUGAGAAAGUUCCAAGAAUUAGUUACCGAUAGGCAAUGUAUUGUACAACCUUAUUAUAAUUUGAAUACAUGUAAUAUCGAUGUUAAAAAGAGCGAGCUCUCGACAUCGAUUGAUAACGUAUCAAAAAUUCAUCUUCAAGAGAUGGAGGCCAGACUUACUAUGGAUGAGAAUAAACUGAUGCGCUUUUGGGAGAAGAUCAAGAUUUAUCUGAGGGAUUAUACAGAUUCUACAGCGAUACAAUUUAUAUUGAGUUGCGCAGGAAUUCCAGAACUUCCGAGGCAGAUCACAGAAUUUAUCUUUGAGAGACUCGACCAGAACUGCGACGGCUUGAUUAGCUUCGAGGAGUUUGUAAUUAUAUUUCAAAAGAAGAGAAGAACGGAGGCCUUGCGGGAGCAUAACGAAUCUCACAGCAGUAUUGUGAACUGUAGUGUAAGUACAUUAGAUUUCAAUGUAUACGAGCCUCAUGGGACUGAUUCCAUGGAGGGUAACAAGAAUACAGAUAAGGAGGAAGUUGCUGGCGUUUCUCGCGUAUCAACGAUAUUGCCCAGCAGAGAUCUCAGUAUCUUAGAUACCAGUCUUGUGGAGGUAACAGGCAUCAUAUGUGACGAGCUGAAGAGCCUGAACGAUUCGUUAGACGACGACACCAUCCAAUCUCACAUCAGCUUACUACGAGAGAUGCUUACGCUUUACCAGAACGAGCAACGCAAUCUGAACGUCCUGAUAGAGAAUAUGAAAGCGGAGAAGGAGAAAAUGCGCAUCGACAUGUUGGAGGCUAAUGAACGGGCGAAUUUGUUAGCACAGGAGAUCGACGAGCAUCAGGCGCAAUUGGAGAAGACGAAGGAAAGUCUGCAGAAACAGAGUCAACAGCGUUAUGCCGAGAUCACGAAGGAGCUCAGCAUCGAGCGGGAAAUGGACGCCGCGGCUUUAAAAUCCAAGGACGACCAAUUGCAGCAUUUGCAGAAGGAGAAUCACGACAUGAAAAACAAAUUGAUAAACACAUUGCAAGACAAUCAAGUGCUCGAGGCGGAGAACGGCACUCUCCUAGGCCAGAUUGAGAAGCUGAGGCAAUCCAACAACGAAUUGUUAACGCGGAUGAAGAUGUUAGACGCGGAGCAAGAUGAGAUACAGAGUUUAGAGGCGAAGCAGCAGGAACAGGUGGACUUCUUUGUCGAUCGCAUCAAACAGUUGCAAUCGGAAGUGACCCUACUGCGAGACCAAAACGACGAGCUCAGUGCGGAACUGGAGACCUUGAAGUGUCACGCUAACGACACGAGGCAGAACGACGCGCCGUCGUCUCUGGCGUACGAUCUACAAUUGGAUGAGACUCCGGAUGAGAGUCACGUAACGACGACACAAUCGUUCCAAGACGCCCGACCGAUCGAUACGAGAGUUCCGUUUGAGUUCAACUUCUCACCGGUCGAAGGACAGCUCGAUACUUCACGUUCUGCUACGGUAGACUUUGGAAAGUUCAGAGAUAUGAUUGUGAAAGAUCUGGAGGAUGCGUUAAUGGCGAAUACGAAAUGCGCCUCGGAAAAAUGUGCUUUGAGCGACAAUGUGGCAAGAUUGAUCGGCAACUUGCAAUCGGAUCUUCCGCUGCAUUCCUCCACACGAGAUUUCGGCAAGAGUAUAGCGUCGGAGCUCGAGAUGGAGUGUGAGGAACGCGUCCACGAGUCACUGCGGGACUUGGUCGUUUCCAAGGUGCCGAAAUCGCUCUCGGCGAAGCGUACGGCAACGUCGAACAGCGCGGAGGAUGAUCUCGACGAUCUCACCGAUCAAGACUUGAAGAGUGCCGUGCAAAGCAAGACGACAAGCCUCAGAGAUUAUCCACCGCGGAAAGAAGAACAUUCCGCGGAAGCGUGGAAGAGCAGCAAGGAAAAGGAUAGCUCCUCGAACGUUGCCGAGGUCGAGAAUGCUCCGAGGAAUGCCUCGGCACACGCAAGGCUGCAAGAGCUCGAGGCGAAACAUGCGACGGAGAAGAAGCAGUUGACGGAACGCUGCUCGGAACUCGAACGUAGCCUGGACCUGCUGAGAACCGAGUAUGAAGAAUGCGAGGAUUAUUGGGCGGCUAAACUGGAGGAAGAGAGGCAACUCUUUGAGCAGGAACAGAAGAUCAGCGACGACAAGCUUGCCGAGCUUAUUAACAAGAUAGCUGAGUACGAAGAGUUAAUUAGCCCUCUGGAUAAGUCGAAGAAUAACGGCCGCUUAUCCCCGAUAGAUGAAAAGUUUAACUUGGAACAACAGUAUAUAGAUCUUGAAGAGGAAUUUGAGAAAUGGAAGGGAAAAGCUGAAAACGAGAUUUCCCAGAAAAAUAUGGAGAUAGGGGACCUGCGUGAGAAAUUAAGAUUGGCGGAGCAGCUAGCCACGAAUGAUUCCUGGGUUCAGGUGCCGGACGAGAUCUCUUUGCGAACAUUGUCGAAUCUGUCGCACUGCAAAUCUUCCAGCGCGUCUAGCAUCCCCUCAAUGAACGAGAAUUUGGAUCUACAAACGUCCGACGCAAACAAUCAAACGUAUUACACCUCGGAACAUCCGUCGUCCAACGAUUCCAAUAGGUUAAUUAAACAAGAGGAUCAAACCGAUGGUUAUAGUUUGAAUAUUACACGCGACGAGUGUUCCACGAAGGAAAUAAAAAGUACGCAUAAGGAUAAAAGAAACCAAGUAUAUCAAAAAGGCUCACAUGUUGGUGCUAAAGUAAAGGAGGGAGAUAAGCGUGAUCCGGAUUUUGCAUGGAUGCAGAAUGUGCUGAUGCAAAGUUUGAACGGAGUCAGUUGCCACUGUGCGCAGAACAACACGCAGCAACGUAUGUGUUGCAUCGACCCGAGCGUCUUGCAGAGUCUGAAUAUGAAACUUUACGCACAAGAACGCAAGAAGCGGCAAUUGCAGCAUUAUUUCAAACGGCAGCAGCAGCAAGUUGAGAAAGUCUUACAACGUAUUAUGACGCAACAUCAGACAGAAUUGCUUGAAUUACAGUGCCUUCUUCGUAAUACUCAAGAAAGGCUCCAAGUGCAAGUUCAAACAACCGUUGAUCAGGCCGACAGACUAGCCAGUACUGACAUAUUAGUGAAGGAUUUAUACAUAGAAAACGCAUGUCUCAUGGAGCACAUAAAGCGCCUGCAAGAACGGUGUCUCAUCUUGAGCGGCCUCAACGUGGAAACUACUUCAAUGUGAUGUUCAAGUAGCUAUUACGGGUAUGAUAAGUUUAAUUUAUGCGCCAUUAUAUACAUGUAUCGAGCAAUUAUAAAUUAUUUAUUUUUAUGCUACUAUUAGCAAAAUACAGAUUACGUCGUGAAGCCCCGAUAUGACUCAGGGAUGCAUAUGGUUGGAAAGUGUAUAUUGUAGCACAAGUGCCUUUAGUUUUUAAUUUAAACUUAAGACUAAAGUGAGACAGAUUUCGCUUUAAUUGAUGUCAUAUUAUUUAGCGAUGGAAUCCUGAUUUGUAGGGGCAGUUGUUUUUAUAAAUAAUGUAAAAUACUACGCAUACAUACAUACAUACAUUCACUCAUUCAUUAACUCACUACACGCAUACAUAAGAAGGGAACGAUGAAAAAAUAAUCGUAACCGGAAUUGAGGGGGAGUUCUUUUUUUCCAUUAAUUGAACGUACACACUUGCUUUCAAAACGAUUCGAGGCACUUUCCUCUCUUUGCGAUUUAGAAUACAGUCGAUGAUCCAGUGAGAGAAUUUAAGAAUCUUCUAAAAAUCAAUCAAAAACAAAUUCUAUCAUUUGAACAUCGGACUGCGUUCCAAACUGUGAUAACGUGUAAUAUAUUGAAUAAUAAUGAAAUUGCGUUAAAUUUAACACAUUGUAAAUCUAUUUGAAACCUAAAAGUUUUUUAUUUAUUUUUUUAUUUUUUUUCUUUUAAUUUAAACACUCUGUACCUUGCUAAGAGACGUCUACGAAAGGAAAUGUUUUCAUAGCGAAUAAGAUAUCUAAGAGAUUAUUAGAGGAAUUAUGAAAUUAUGCAAAAUAUUAUAUUCGCUUUAAAAAAAUGUCUGUUUUUGCCGUACUUGAUCGUUAGAAUAGACUGAUACCGGUUGCGAUAAUUUUUUCUUAAGUUUUCAAGCGUACCAAAUGUAUUUGCCGUGAUGCAAAGCGAGUAACCGGAUGUAAUUGUCUCGCCUUAUGUAGAGUCAUUUAAUAUGCAUGUAUGAAAAAAAAAAUAGGAAGAAAUUAUAAGGAAUCUUGCUUCCGUUGUUUCUAUAUAAAUAAUUGAUAGGUGCAGGCGUGCACACAGUUGCAUAUGCACACUGGAAAAUGCAUAUGCAAGUAUGUAUGUAAAGGAGACUGAGAAAUAAUAUUCCCUAGAAAUAAGUAACUCUACAUUUAAUUAUGUAAUUAUUGUAAAGCAGAACGUAAGUCACUAUAAAUUAGUAUCUUAAGUGUCGCUAAAAUAAUGCGUACUAAAGAAAAUCUGAUCUGAUGGAAAAUAUAAAAGAAGGACGCAAUGUAUGGCGAUAAUGAGAUCUUUUCUGUCUAUAAAUCAAUUUUUUUUGUUUUGUAAGUUUGCAUAUAAAAUACACGAGUAGAUAUCUCAUAUUUUAUAUCUUUUGACAUGCACACACACUGUCUUAUAUAAAAUAUGAAAUAUUAAAGAGACUUGUUUUUCACUUAUCUUAAUGUAGCAUUCUUACGCAGAAUAAUAAAAUGUAUGUAAAGUAAGUACACUAAGAUAUCCUUGAAAAAUACUUCUAUUUACGAAAAAAUUACCAUCAUGCAAUGUAUUCUUCACUAGCAUGCAACUUAGAUCCAUUUGUUCUAGUGUGCAUUAUUUUCAAGAUAUUUUUAAUGUAACAUUAAAUAAAUUAUGAAAAGUAUAGCAAAUAAAAUAUGUAAAAACUAUUUAAGGUAACUAAGUUAUAGUGACUUAUUUUAUGUAAACAUGUUUCUCUCUAUUAAUUAUUUAAUAAUAGAGGUGUAAAAAUAAAAAGUACAAGGGGUUUACCAUCCUUAUCAAAGUUAAAAGUGAUGAUGAAACAAUUUUUAAGUAAGUUUUAUCAAUCAAUCUAGUUUUCUUUCCACUGUUGCCUUCAAUAUAUUUAUUUCAUUCAGAAAACUGAGAAUUCUUUUUAAGAAGUAAUUUUGUUUAAAACAAAACCUAAUGCAAUAACGGUAAACCCCUCGUAGCAAUUAUAAUAGCUAAAGUUUUAUAUGGCUGUAUCUAUGUAAUUUGCAUUCUACGCUGUCUUGAAUUUUGUUUUCACCUUUCUCGAACUGCUAAACGCCGUUAACGUAUAUGUUAAAAAAUUUUGAGUUGUCUCAAGUUUCCUAGAUGAUCGCUAUAAUUAUGAAUUUUUCAUGAUAUUUAAAUUAUAAAUAUUCCGCAAUAAUUAUUAUAUUCGUCUCAAGUUUGAAUAUCAUUGAAAAUUCUUAAUCUGUAAACAUUUUGGAUUUUCGAUAUUCUUAGCGUUGUUAUAAAUACCGACUGAUUUUUGAGUCUUCUCAAAGGUAAUAAUGCCAAUAGUAAACAUGUUUCGAAAGGUCAAAACAAAAUUUACCAAGAAAAUAUUCUUUGGCCUCUAUUAUAUAUCCCAUAUUUUAAUAAGUUCUUCGUUUUGGAAAUGUUCUGUUUUAAAUGUUUAAGCGCCAAACGUAUAUAAUUUGUUGCAAUGAAUGUUGAGAUAUAAAUUAAACAAUACAUAUUUCUGUAUUAGAUAAUCAUCGUGCUAAAAUUAUCGGCAACCGUUUUUAAACAUUGUUCUCUAAAAUAUAUAAUAUUACAUCUCGUGUUCUACAUCAAUUAAAAUUUAACGUUCCUUGAUGCAGACUUUGAUAUCGUAUAAAGAAACAUCAAAUUUUCUCAACUUAUUUUUAAUCGCCACCCUAGUAUUGUAUGUGGCUUUCAAUGUGAUUAUAUAAUACCAUAUCACACCUGCAAUAAUUCCUAAAUGUAUGCAACAAUGUUUCAUUUACUACACAGAUUAAAUGGUGUAAAUUAUCUUAUUGCGUCAUACGAACAUGUAAAUCACUUAGUACAAAAGUUGGAGAUUAUAGUUAUUUCAACAUGUGAUAUAUCAGUUUGUAUGCCGAACAAUAGUCAAACUGUUAAAU